CCGUUCUUGGUCGUUGUCAGCAACCAACGUACACAAUGCAACAACCAGGAACUGGCGUGUGACUGGCUCAUGAAUGUGUAAAAAUCUGUGAGGUUGACGGAAACGCUUUUAUUAGAUUAUGCACAAUUCGCUGUCUUAACUGUUUCUCUUAUUGUAAGGCUGCCGGUACAAUCGCACUGUUUCGGUAAACAUUUCCCGUCGGCAUGAAUCUCGGAGACGGCCUGCUGUUUGAACUUGAAAAUGGAAAACCCAAGCUGAUUUUACUCAGUCAUGGCGUUGAGAAGAAUCCAGCAAAGCUGUCCUGCAGGCCCAGAGCAGCCAACAUCCUCAGCUCCAGGCAGCCGUCCUGCAUGGAGGAGGUGCAGGGAGAGGAGCGUCAAGCCCGGCAGCAGGCAGGGAGGCACAGAGAAACCAAGAGCAAGGCUGGAGGAACAGCAGCCUCCUUCACCUCCAACACCACCACCGCAACCAAUGGGAGGAGGAGCGCCACUAUGACAUCAUCCAAGACGCAAGAGCAUCAAAAAGGUAGCAGUGUCAAAGUUGUGGCAAAGAUCAAGUCAGACAGACACAAACACAGCACUACUGUUGGCUCCCUGAGAGCCAAUGGGAAAACAGGACAGCCUCAGAAGAGUACGACACAAGCCGGCGAAAAGGCAGGACUGAAGGAUCCACUGGCCAGCGAGGACACAGGCUCGAAGGACAGUGUGGUGUGUCUGACCACUGAGCAGCUACAGCAGAUCCUCAACACAGUGCAGACCACCAGGAUGGGCCAAAACCCCCCAGAGGACCACAGGACCCAGGAUUCAGAAUCCUCAGUAGAUGAUGGAGGAGGAGGAAAAAGGAAAGAGGAAGACAAAGGAGGAGGAGGAACUGAUACGACUGUAAGCUCACAGAGUAAAGACAGUAGGUCGUCUGGAUGUCUCGUCAACUGGCUGGAGGAGCGACAGUCGGAGAGCAGAGCGGCCAUCGACGCCAAAAAGGCUCAGUGGAGGAGAGAGCUCGAUGAGCAGGUGGCACUGAAGCAGCAGCAGCAGCAGCAGCAGCAGCACUCGGCCCCUGGCAGACUCCAGGCUGAGGAGGAUACAGACAGUGUGUUAUCAGUUCAGAGCUCCAUCAGCUACAGAGAGCCGCCUGCAGCCAUCAGAUCCAGCCUCAGACUUGGGGAGGUCACUCCGAUGGAGGAGGUGGUGGAUGUCGAUAGGAGGGAGGAGCAGAAGAGACGCUGGCUGGAGGAGCUGGACAAACAGAGGGAGGAGAUGACUGAACGAAGGAGACGAGAGAAACUGCUGCAGAAUCAGGCAGUGGACCACGAGCUCUGGGCGGCUCACUUUGACUCGCUCCAGAGGAGGCCUCCCGUCCAGACUGCAGCUCUGUCAGCCCCGCCUCCAGCCCCGUCUGACAGCUCUGAGCGAGGGGAGUGGGAGCCCUCGUCCAGCCUGUCCCUGGCCUGGGAGGCCAUGAGCAGCUGUGGAGCAGAGAGCGUCGGGGGGGCCAGCGUGGAUACAACCAGCGGGUACCCGACCAGGACCAGCUAUCUGAGGACCAUGACCGCCCUGCUGGACCCCACCCAGAUAGAAGAGAGAGAGAGGAGGAGGCUCAAACAGCUGGAGCAGCAGCGAGCAAUCGAGGCCCAGGUGGAGGAGCGGCGGCAGCAGAGGGAGCGAGACGAGAGGAGGAGGAGAGAGGAGGAGGAGCAGGAAGAGAGGAGGGUGGCGCUGGAGAGAGAGAUGCUGGAGAAGCGCUACGAGCUGGACACACUGAAGGAGAGGCAGAAGCUGAGCCAUCAGAGCGAGGAGCCAAACAAAGACCACGAUGAUGAAAGACAACAGGAGACACCGGAGCCCAGCGCAGUCACCAGACAGGACGAGUGUGUGGAGGACCUCAGCAGUUCAACCUCCACAUACAAAGAUACUGCAGUACAGACAGAAGCUUGUCCUCCUCUCCCGCUCACAGCCGACAGAGUUCAGACUCCUCACGUCUCUGCGCAGUACCAACCACCUCCUCCUCUGCCUGCUGCUGCUCCUCUCAGCAGCAGGAACCGAGCGGCGAGAACAGGCAAGGAGAACAUCUGUCUGUCGGGAGGAAGAGGAGGCGGAGGGGACCCAUACGAGGCGUUUGCCAGGACCGAGAGGAGCCGCAGGGACAAGAGGAGGCCGGAGUGGAACACACACAGGCCCAGUCGUCAGUUCGUUCCAGCUUCAGAACGUUACCCGGCCUCUCUGCAGAGGAACAGACAGGAGAGUCGGAUGAGGAGGCAGGCCGAGCUCCUGGCUCUGCAGGAGAGGACCUGUCUGUCCAGGACCAACCCUCCUCCUCCUCCUCUUCAGCCCCAGGAGACCAGGAGCAGCCCCACCAGGAAGGGGGAGAGUGUUUCCACGGGACACAGCAGCUCUGCAGCCGUCAGCACUGAAAGGGGGCGCUCUCCUCCUAUCCCUGCUGUCAGACACAGAGUUCAGGGUCAGCAGGCCCUUCCCUCCUCCACCCCUCCUCCCCCUCCUCCUCCUGUCCUGGAGUUCAUUCCUUACAUCCGGACUGAUGAAGUCUUCAACCUGGACCCACUGGAGCCUGCUGACACUCCCCCACCUCACCCACACACAGCUCCUCCUCAGAGCUCAGCGGCUCCUCCUGCUCCCUCACACCGGGAUCCCCUCCUCCACCCCGAGCUGCUUCGUAACGCACACACACACCGACAGCAGGAGAUCCUGAGAGGCCUGGCCCAGCUACGGCAGGGUUUGUUACAGAAGCAGAGGGAGCUUGAGACGGAUUUGAAUCCUCUCCUGAAGCGCCACGACAACGAGCUCCGGUGACCCCUGAGCUCUGGUGUUUGUGCCGAGUCAGGAUGAGUAACACCACAGUGUGCCCGCCGGCCGUCAUGGAGAACACACAAACACCAGAAACAGAAAACCUUCAGUGUUUCCUCUGAGGAUCGUUCAGCCGCCCAGCACUCAGAAACUUGAUGGUUUCGUGUUUCACUGCAGGGAGUUUACUUCUUUGGAUCUCACUUGAAUAUCAAACGUACUGCAGCAGAUUUUUGGGAGUUUUCAAGUCAAGCUGAUGUUAUCAGAUUGAAUGUGAUUUGGGGCAAUACGUCCCACCUGUGCUGGUUGUAACUACCAUCAGAAUUGAGUUUUUUUCCAGCCACCAGCUCCAAGACAUUUUCUCAGAUGUUACAAAGUACUCGCACUUGAGAACACUCAGCUCUUUGUACAUCUUUUGGCGCAUUCAGACUGAACAAAAGUGUGUUAUUUGCCCAGAUGUUGCUGCUGGUUUAUUUAUACACAAACCAACGAUGUACCCGUCAGUGCAGACGUUAGCCCACUGUAGCGACUGCAGCUAGCAGCGUGCACCAGCUGUGGUCGAGUCAUAACUUCAGGGUAGGAGAGACUUCUCCACUCUAAUCAAAGCGUUUUCAAGUUAUGGGUCUGUGAAUUCGCGAAACAAAUCUGCAGUUACUGACACCUUUCCAUUUACUUUGAACGCAGCUGACUGUUGCUAAGCAACACCUCCAUCUUUUUGAAGCCAGCAGUGACCAUAUAUCAACAAGAGGGUGGAGCUGGGGUGGAUACACGUUGCUUCACUGCUAUCCAGAUUGAAUCUGACUGAGAAUCUGUUAAAUCACUGAGGUAGGGACUCUUCAGUGACACGGUAGCCACACCCUGAAGCUGAUCCUGCUUUCUUGUCUGUUUUAGUCUAAACAGGACCACAAUUUACAAAAUGAACCUCAUGCUGCAAUGAAGACGACUUGAAACUCGCGACCAUAAAGUCAUAAGGAAACUGAAAUCCUUUCAUUUUCCCAUAAGCUUACAUGCAAUCAGACUUCAUUUUGAAACCAGUGGAUAUGCCCCCUGCUGGCCAUUGGAAAGGAAGCAGAUUUAAGGCACUUGUGCUUAAUCGUUCAAAAAUGGAAACUCCAUCAUAUUUUAUGGAGUCACCGCUGGGGUUGAAGACUGAUUUUAAAAUGUCUGAAUUUCUUGAUUUUAAAUGCUGACAGAACUGAGAUGUGACUUGCAGGUUAAACACCAACACUUGGCGGAGAGUUAUUAAAUUAAACUGUUCUGCUACAAACACCUUUAAAAUCUGCCACAUCAGUUCUACCUCACAUCAAAGAUCUUUUAUAGGAUGGAUGUUCAUCUAAAAUACUGCUUGGGUUUUCACUCACCUAAUGAGAGAAAACUUUUUCGUGAACUGAACGUAAAUGGAUGCGCUUUGUUUUAUGUGCGGAUUGUAUUUUAAAAUCCUGUUUUUAAUGCACUUUCCAUAAGAAUGACACUGUACCAAACAGGUACUGAAUUUUGGAUAUUGAGGGGUUGGAGGUUCCACACAUUUUCUUUAGUUCAUCCUUCCGGCAGAAGGAACUUGAUUAAAUCGUGAAUGAACUUGUUUCUUCAGCUUCCUGCUGGCUGAGGAGCUCUAUGUUUCCAUUUCUGCUUCUGUGUUAUUGUAAUUUUCCUGGUUUUAUUGUAUUAGUGUAUUUUUUUAUUUAUUGCAAAUGUAAUAAUAUCAAGUGCGACUCUUUA